GGCACAUUCGUUACCGCUAUGUCAAAUUGCAACCGCUGUGCGUUAAAAUUUAGCGUCGUAACAUGUUGUUUAUAUUUCUUCCUUGCUUCAUGUACCAAAUAUACAAUAGAAGACAUGUCGACUCCUAGGAAAAAAGGUUAUAGUUACAAUUCACCGUAUUCCAAACCCGUGCAGCAGCAAUAUGCAUCACAAAGUGAUGAGUUUAUUUCACUUGAGAUGGGCGGAAAGGCAAGGAAGAGCGAUGGGAAUAUAAAUCAGAGAUGGACCAACUCAAAUUUUUUUGGUAGUCAGCAGAAACAUUGGCGUACCCCUCGCAAGAAUGAUGGUGAUGCACAAAAAAAUAAAAAUGAAUUCUCUGGAAACAUUUCAUUAUACAUACAUCCAUCAAUGACGGAAGAUCCAUGGCUUGAUUUGAUGAAACGUAUAGAAUCGAUUGAAAAAAGCCAAAUUUCAAUGGAAACCGAAACGGAAAAUGUCGGCGAGAUUGAUUAAGACAAAGGUUAAAAAAGGUAACAUCUUCUAAUUCGAUAUGUAUUUUAAUCUUAUACUAAAAAGGCGUAAGAAAAUUUUAAGCACUCGCUUGCCUGUAAAAAAUGAUCAAAACCUCCUUUUUUUAAAUGAAAAAUAAAUGCAACAUGACAAUUUAA